AAUGGUUCAACAGGAAGUGCGUAAAGGGCCAUGGACAGAACAGGAAGACUUGAAAUUGGUCUCCUUUGUGGGCUUGCUCGGAGACCGUAGAUGGGACUUUUUAGCUAAGGUAUCAGGUUUGAAGGUGGAGGGAGACAGUUUGAAUAGAACAGGUAAAAGUUGCAGGUUACGUUGGGUUAAUUACCUUCAUCCUGGUCUCAAACGUGGGAAGAUGACACCCCAGGAAGAGCGCCUCGUCUUGGACCUUCACGCUAAAUGGGGAAAUAGAUGGUCAAGAAUUGCUAGGAAAUUACCAGGGCGCACAGACAAUGAGAUUAAGAAUUAUUGGAGAACUCUGAUGAGGAAGAAGGCUCAAGACAAAAAGCGAGGAGAAGCUUCUAGUGUUCAUUCGUCAUCAGAAUCCUCAAACAAUCAUGCAGUGGAUUCACAUGCUUCCAAAAAAGCCGGGGAAGAAAGCUUUUAUGACACGGGUGGUCCUUGUCUCAUAGGUUCAACCCAAGUUAAGAUAGGAGAGGUUCAACAAGGAUUCAUCACCAUGGAUGAUAUAUGGAAAGAUAUUGAUAUGUCAGAAGAGAAGAUUCUGCAGCCAGUGUAUGAUGGGCACAGUGAAGAGGGUUGCAACUUCUCUUGUCCACGAGUUCCUUCUCCAUCAUCAUGGGAGUAUUCUUCAGACCCUCUAUGGGUGAUGGAUGAAGAAAGCAUGUUUUUUCCGAUGAAUGACCCAUAUUUUUCUUGCUAUGCACAAGACAGUGCAUUUCUAACCGGCUAA